AUGCCCUUAUUCAUGUCCGAUGCUUUGUUGCAGUCUUGCUGUUACCCUAUGGAGUUCGCAUUCAUUUCAGCAGCUUUCCCUCGGAAGCCUUUCCGUUUUAACGGAUGGUGGAAUCGGCCCCUAACUUCCGAUUUGCACGUCUUCGGCCCCCGCGCAGUGGCUGCUGAGGCUCCAGCCCACCUCAAUCGAAGGGUAGAGAGGGGUGAUAUGUCAGUUUUCCUGAGAGUACUUCUGUUGGCAUGGCUCGGAUGCGCAGGUAAGGCGGACAACGGCUCCACCACUGAGGUUUGUGAAAGCUGUGAAAACGUGUUGCUUCAAACUGCUCCAAAGCAGCGCUCGGCGCAGCACUCGCUCAAACCUGGCAUGGGCAGUGCAGAUCUUGUUGCAAACGGUGGAAACAUGCGAAUGGCGGGCAACCACCCGCCUGUACCGCAGGACGAAGAGGUGCAUCAGCUUGGGCAUGCAGUUGAGAUGUUUGUCCUCAUGAAGAGACCUGCACAUGGCAGCGUGCAUGUUCCGAGUGUCAAGAUACCUCGCAUUCUCACGCAGAUGAGCAAGGACUGUGUUGUGUUCGUGUACAUUGUGGUCGCUAUGAUUUGCCCGCUUCUGCUUGCUUGGUGUCCAAAGCACCCCCAAGAUUCUCAAACUAUGCAGGGUUGUCCAAAGAACUGGCUGCUUUGUGUGGGAUGUGUCUAUGCUUGCAUCUAUGUCAGCGCAGACCAUUACGUGCCCAACUUGCCGCAGAUGGAGGCAGAUCUUGCAGGCUCGUCGGCGUUGAUGUGUGGCACGGUUCAACUGAACCUUGUGGUGAAGUCCAUUCUUGGGCUUUUGGUUGCAGGUUUGUCUGACCGCAUUGGCAGACGGCCGGUUGUUUUGCCAUGUCUUGCGUUGCUGAGUCUGGCUAGCUUGUGCUGCGCGUGCGCUGGGCGGAUCGAGUGGUUCUUCGCUGCUCACAUUCUGCAAGGCAUUGGGGAAUCAGUCGAGCCGGUGUUGUUUGCUACUAGUAUGGCUCGAGAUUACUUCUCCAACCCUAAGGAGCGCUUCAGUUUCGUGGUGGCUAUGGAAAUGAUGGCCAUCAUUGGAACCGCUGUUGCCCCUUUGUACGGAGGACUAUGUGCAGCCUACAUCAACUGGCGCCUCUCGUUCCUUGGCAUGGCCGUUGUCUGGGGGCUGCUGGCGGCAUAUGCCUUCUGGGCCAUGGUGGAAUCGCGCCCCGAGGGCAACAAGGAGAGCUAUCUGAACAACGCGGCACGCAUCUUGGAUCCACAACUUCUUUGUCUCCUGCUCACUGAGAGUUGGAUUUUGGGGCAGUAUUUCAUGUUCAACACGAACGUCAGCUAUUUGAUGGAAGUAAGCUUCGGCAGAUCUGCCAUGGCAACCUCUACCGUCAUGCUCAUAUUUGGGGUUGUGUGUGGACUUGGUGGCAUGUUGAUCCAGCGAGUGCAGCUGGGCAUCCUCCGUUUGAGCCAAGUUACUUUGUUCCUUCUGGCGCUCUUUGGAAUCAUCUCGAUGGCUCUGGGACUGUACCUCUCGGAGUAUUUAUGGUGCUACCUGGUUGUCUCCUUUCUGCAGGCGAGCGUGCUAAUGAUGGCCUGGACUUGCGUGAGUGUCUUGUUUAUGCAAGAACUGGAGGACUGUGCUGGCAUGGCGUCAUCUUUCGAGACCAUAGCGGAGAGCGUUCCCCCUGCCCUUCUCUCCGCAAUUGCCACGAAGUCUAUGAUUGAGGUGGGGCCCAAGGGGCUGACGAUGUGGCAGGCAGGUACUUGCAUUGCAGGCGGGAUCGUAUUCUGGCUGGGCUUUGGUCGGAACCCCCCCACAUGGGCUCUGGAUCUGGACAAAGAGGCAGACCGACAUGAGCAAUGA